CUAUCCUGUCUCCAAAUAGAGCUGAUAGGAUUAGGCCUCUUGUGUAAAGAAGCUGUAUACCUUCUGGUGAGGACACUCAACUCCCCACCUAUUGAACCUUUUUCUGUGAACUGAUCGUGUGGUAUUUUGGGGUUUGUGAGUAUUUGAUAUUAGUAGGGAUAUACUGUAAGUGGAGGGAGUGUGGUCAUUUUUAAAUCAACCGGGGAAGCAUCACGUCGGUUAACUGAGCUCUGAAUCUGCACAUUGUGGCAAACUUUACCAAGUGUCACAACAGCUGGUUGGACGCAGCAGGACUGUCCUCUACCUCAGGGUCGGUUUCUUGAGGUCAUUGAUGCAGACUUUUAACUGACUCACAUCAAACCUCAGAGUAACAACAGCUAUGGGAGUACCAAACUCCAGGGAGUACAACUACUAUCACGCUCCAAACACACCAUUUAGGAUAUUGCUGAAAAGACGCAAUGAGCCCCUCAAGAAGGAGCGCCCAAAGUGGAAGAGCGAGUACCCGAUGACGGAGGGCCAGCUGAGGAGUAAGAGGGAUGAGUUUUGGGAUACGGCUCCUGCCUUUGACGGACGGAAAGAGAUCUGGGACGCACUCAGAGCAGCAGCCCUGGCUGCAGAGUGCAAUGACCUGGAGCUAGCACAGGCUAUAGUGGAUGGAGCCUGCAUCACUCUGCCACAUGGCUCUCUCACAGAGAGUUACGAUGAACUGGGAAACCGCUACCAGCUCCCGGCCUACACUUUAGCCCCGCCCGUCAACCUUAUCUCUGAAACGUCCAGUGAGUGCAAAGCCUCUGACUCCACACAAAAACAAGCUCAAGCCCCUCCGUGCAGACAAGAGUUCCAGCUCCGGGUGCGAUUGUCAACAGGAAAAGAUGUGCGUCUGACAGCCAGCAUGGCGGACUCCAUCGCUGAGCUGAAGAAACAAUUGGAAGAACAGGAAGAAAUCGACGUGACCCGCCAGAGGUGGUUCUUUUCUGGGAAGCUCCUGACUGACAAGACUCGUCUUCAAGACGCCAAAAUCCAGAAGGACUUUGUCGUCCAAGUGAUUGUGAAUAUAAACCCUCUAGUCAUAGCUAACUGAGGAGUGAAACAGAAGGCUAUGAAGAGAGGAACAUAUAAAGGAAGUGCCAGAGAGGGGGGCAGGAAUAGGAGUAGGGCUUGAAAUCAUUUUCCAGUUGGCACAGCAGUGGAAUUUUGUGUACAUUUUUAUAUAAGAAAUUAUUGCUUUUAUAUUGCUCCUUUUUGUAUUUUUUCCUUUUUUCCAAAUGAAGUAAGAAUAUUGAAAAGCACUGAAACACUUUAGAU